AUGCUUACAGUAGAAAAACCUUCUGAGCGACCGAAGGACGUCUGGCAGCGGGUGAGCCAGAAACUGCUGUACUGCACUGGAGAAAUGGAGCAUUUCCACACGUCCAUGCAGGACCAGGCAUUUGCUGUGCAGCUGCUGGAGUGGACUUUAAGAGGUGUCUCUGGUGUGAUCAUGGUAAAUAACCCGGUAAGUGGUGCUCUUAUUCUGGUCGCUCUGUCCGUUGCCAGUCCCUGGCAGGGUUUGCUGGGCAGCCUGGGGCUCCUCUCCUCCACAGUCACAGCCAUCCUUAUCGGAGAGAAUAGGGCAGACAUAUCUAUGGGAGUGCAUGGUUAUAAUGGAAUGCUGGUGGCAUUAUUGAUAGGUGUUUUUAGUUCUGCAGGAGACUGGUACUGGUGGCUACUGCUACCUGCAUGUAUCUCUGGAGCUACAACUACAUUUGUAUCCAGUGGUAUAGUGACGGUGUUGGAGAGGUGGGAUCUGCCAGUAAGUGCGUUUCCCUUCAACACUGUGCUGCUGCUGUAUCUGGCCUGCAUCGGCACUGAUAACAUCUUCUACCCCAACCAUCCAGUCCUGCCACUGGGGUCACCACAUGGCAUUAACUACACACAGCUCAACAUACCACAGCUCCUGCAGGGCGUGGUCUUAGGAGUGGGGCAGAUCUACGCCUGUGAGGCUCUGGGAUCGACACUUGUCAUUCUUGCAGCCGUGCUGCUAUACUCACCAGUUCUGGCCCUCCAUGCACUUCUGGGUUCUGGUAUUGGAAUACUGGCAGGUCUCUCAGUAGCAGUGCAGCCGGAUGCUCUGUAUACUGGGUUAGCUGGUUUUAAUGGAGCCCUGGGCUGCAUGGCUAUCGGAGGAUUCUUUUUCACUCUGAGCUGGAAAACUCAUAGUCUGUCCAUUAUUUGUGCCUUUCUCUCUUCAUUUGCAGACAUUGCCUUAUCCAAUCUACUAGCACAUGUUGGUCUUCCUGCCAGCAGCUGGGCCUCCACAUUAACUAUCACUCUCAUGCUGUUAGUAAAGGGACGUGCUAUCUCGUCAUAUCGCAUCACUAAUAGACAGGACAACUUACCUGAAUGCCCCCUGCAAACACCUGAUCAAUGUGCUGAGGCUAGUCCAGACAACACCCUUGUGUGACACAAACUCAGAUAUGCACAUUUAUUCAUUCGUUUGUUCAUUCAGUAAUCUGCCAUGACCAUUUUUAUGAGAACCAUGGUCCAGU